AUGCUGUCACAAUUUAAGCCCAACUCACCGGUGUUUGAAAUGGAAAAAUCUUGUGAAAAACAACACAAGGUUAUGACAUCAUCGGAGGAGGUCGCUUUAGGGGAAUUCGAGGAAGGCCCUCUGUGCUCCAAAGCCGGUGUCGACCUCGGCAUGGAAGCAGCGCAAGAAUCGAUGGGGCUGCAGGUGGAUGAAGUUACCAACAAAAGGCUUUUACGCAAGGCGGAUUGCUAUAUUUGCACCAUGAUGAGCGUGGUCUAUGCUGUGCAGUAUAUGGAUAAACAAACUAAUUCUUAUGCAUCCAUUAUGGGACUCAGGAAGGACUUGAAAAUGCACGGAAACCAGUACAGUUGGGUUGGAACUUGCUUUUACUUGGGGUAUAUGAUUUUUGAAAUCCCAAGCUCUCUUGCCCUCCAGCGCUUUCCAAUCGCUAAGGUUAGUGCUGUUUUUAUUGUUCUUUGGGGGUUUGUUCUGUGUAUGACCAGCCUUCCCAAGAACUACGCCAGUUUUAUUGCUACCAGAACAGUUUUAGGUAUACUCGAGUCUGCAGUGACUCCUGCCUUCAUGCUUCUCACUUCUCAAUGGUACAGACGUGAAGAGCAAUUCUUACGAACUUCAAUCUGGAGUGCCUCCGCUGGCUUGGGAGCUAUCCUUGGAUCCUUGAUAGCAUAUGGUUUAGCUGUUCGCGACCCAUCAAGCCUUCCCAUCGCUUCUUGGAGACUGCUUUACGUUGUUUUGGGAGUCGUCACUAUAGUUCUUGGUGUCGCCUUUUUUUUUGUUCCUGAUACUCCAGCCUCUGCUUGGUUUUUAACAAAAGAAGAGCGUUUGCUUACCGUUGAAAGAAUUCGUUCGAAUAAGCAGGGAUUCGGUAAUAGGCAUUUUAAGAAAAAUCAGCUAAGGGAAGUUUUCAUGGAUAUUCGAACCUAUAUUUAUUUUGCAACGAUGGUAGCAGCUGAAAUACCGAAUGGCGGUAUCGGAAAUUUUGGCUCUAUUAUGUUGACAGAUAUGGGCUACAACAGCAAGAGGGCCUUAUUGAUGGGCACUCCGUUUGGUGCGGUGGAGUUUGGCGGCAUUAUUUUAGUCGGGUAUAUUGCACAAAAAAAACAAAAACGCAUGGCUGCCGCUUUCUUCAGUUAUUGUCUCAACAUAGUAUCCGGGUGCUUGCUGGCCUUUCCCUCAAAUACCAAUGCUCAACUUGCAGGCUAUUAUCUUCAGGGAAUGGCAGUGAUCGGAUGGAUUUGUUUCAUAAGCUGUGUUUCCUCCAACACCGCCGGCCAUACUAAAAAGGUUGUCACGAGUGCUAUUUGCAUGAUUGGUUAUUGCGUAGGUAAUCUCAUCGGGCCACAAACAUUUAAGUCUGCUGAAGCACCUCAUUAUAAAAGUGCCAAGAUCGCGAUAGUUGUCUGUUUUGUUAUCUGCUUAUUUUUGACUGUUUUACUCUACUGCAUCAAUGUUAGAGCCAACAAAAUCCGUGACGAAAAGAACGAGAAACUCGACUCUUCCUUUGUAAAUUCCGAGUUCGCCGACCUAACUGAUUUUGAGAAUCCAGAGUUCAGGUACAGCUUGUAG